AGUAAAACCAUUGUUCACUUCCUCCUUGUAUUGUGGGUGGGUGGAAGCUGUAAAAUUGUUGCCAUGGAUACUGUCAUGUGACACCCCAGAUUUCUCCGGAAAUUUCCAUAUCGGACCUUGCAGGUGUGUAUGUUGGCGAGGAUGCUAUUUAUAUGCGAUUCCGCGUGGAAGAAUGUUUAUUUAUGUUGAAAAUUUCCGACAGAGGAACUCGUGUAUUUAUCAUCUAUCUAGACUAUCCAGGAUCAGACUAGAUCAGCACAAAGUUGAUAGUUAACCUCUAAGGACUUAGUCUAAAGAUUUUGUUACAUCGCCAGACGGAACAGGCGUUGUCCGUGAAACCACUGCCGGCAUUACGAUCAGAUCAGCAAUUCAGGACUUCUAGGGAGAUUGCACCUUGUUCUUCGCAUAAAUGAAUGCUAAGAGGCAGAAGUCAUCAAAAUGAGUAUACCAGCUAUUAACGUACAACGCACAGAGAGCGGUAAUAUAAUCAAAGUAGAUGAGAGCGAACCUGAUAACGUCGACGCUCUUCCAUUCCGUGUCCGGGAUGUAAUAAUAAAACACCAUGACGUCACAGAGGAAUACAAGCUACUUGAAUAUCUUGGACGAGGGCGAUUUGGCGAAGUGAACAGAUGCGAGAAUAAAGCAACUGGCGAGAUCUUCGCGUGCAAGAAGAUCAACACAGAGCGUCCGUCCGAUAAGAAAGAGGUGAUGCUCGAGAUCGAGGUAAUGAAGCAGCUGCAGCACCCCAUGUUACUACAGCUAGUGGACGCUUUCGAGAUAGAAAAGCACAUGCUCCUCGUCACAGAAUAUAUUGCAGGAGGUGAACUCUUCGAUCGUGUCAUUGAGGACGAGUUUGUUUUGACAGAAAAAGCGUGUGUGAUGUUUCUGAGACAGAUUUGUGAAGGAGUCGGCUUUAUGCACUCUAAGAAUGUCGUUCAUCUUGACUUAAAGCCAGAAAAUAUCCUUUGCCUCACGAGAACAGGAAACAGAAUAAAGAUCAUCGACUUUGGCUUAGCGCGCCAUUAUAAGCCAGGCCAGCAACUGCAUGUAUUAUUUGGCACUCCCGAGUUCAUGGCACCGGAAGUUGUGAAUUAUGAACCAAUCAGCGUUCAAGCUGACAUGUGGAGUGUGGGCGUGAUUACAUAUAUUCUUAUCUCUGGUUUAUCGCCUUUUAUGGGCAACAUAGAUUCCGAGACGUUAGCCAACGUCAGUAGAGGGACGUACUCAUUUGACUAUGAGGACUUUGCUGAAACUUCCAACGAAUGCAAAGAUUUCAUAGCGAAGCUUCUGAUCAAAGAUCCCAAAAAACGUUUGACAGCGGCACAGUGCUUAGACCACACAUGGCUCAAGAAAUCGAGAAAGAAGAUGUUAUCUAUGAAGAGAAUGAAAACGACCAGACUGAAGCUGUUUGUGUACAGAAGAAAGUGGCAGAAACUGGUGAACACUAUCGUUGCCCUUAAAAGAAUGGGAUUUAUUAUGAAUAAGAACAAUGGCAACAUAAAGCCUGUCCUCGGUCUUCACGAUGAUAAACCACCUGCAUCAAAGGCUAGCUCCGAGGUUAAGCCCGAGACACCUGGCAGAGGAUCCUCACCUUCAACGCCAAUUAGUACGACGGUUAAUGACGUAAAGAAAGAGCCAUCGCGCCGAAGAUCAAAUCUUGAUCACAGUACUGAUAAAACUGCUGAAACGCCCAAAAAGUCAAGUAAUUCUAGAAUAUCUGAAGUGAAAAACACGGACACACACGAAAGGGCCUCUCGGGUAUCUCCGGGUAGCGCCGAGAAAAAAUCUGAAGCAAAACUUGAGGAGAAAACAACACGUGCGAGCGAAAGGCAACGCUCUUCUCCUGGUAGAAACGAGAAACAAUCUGAAAUUAAAUCUGAGGACCUUGGAACAAAAAGAUCGCAAAGAUCUUCACCGCUCAGAUCUGAAAUUAAAUCUAAUGAAAAAGUAGAUAAAUCAUCAGAUCGCCUGCAAAAAACAAGAGGAGUUUCUCCAGAAAUAUCUAAACCUACAAAGCCAGAGACGAAAGUAGAUGACAUCCCUGUGCGCACUAGUAGAGUUAAUCGCUUGUCUCCGAUAAAAACGGAAAAAAAGUCCGACGAGUUGCCAAAGCGACCAAUCCCUGAGGAACCUUUGAGCAAACCGAGAAAUCGUGUAGAUGAGGAUUCACCGGAUAUAGGAAUCAGGCCGCGGCGCCAGUCACCGGCCCCGGUAGUUACUACACCUAAUUCCGCGUCUAGGUUGUCGCCAUUGCGCUCCUCCCCCGCUCGGCAGUCCGAAGAACCACUUCGCUCAAUAGGCAGAGAUAGACGAUCGCCUCCAGCUCGCCAGUAUGAGGAACCACUACACGCAAUCGGCAGAGAUAGAAAAUCGCCUCCAGCUCGUAAUUAUGAAGAGCCACUACGUGGAGAUAAACGAUCAUCGCCAGUUCGACAUCAGCAGGAACAUCUUGAUUCUCCAAAGCGCGUGUCACCGGUGCGUCGCCUUGACGACGACAGUCACUUAGGAAUAGGGCCAAGGUCAGGCAGGAACGGGCACCAGUUGUACCAUGAGCCAGAGAUGAAGCAGGAUGCCCCGCCCACUACAGGACGAAUCAACAUGAAUUUACUGGUCCCCGAAACAAAUAAAAGCUACGGUGGCCAAGAAGGGCCGUGCAGCCUUCCCCGUGUCUUUGUCGAGAGACUUGCACCCCCAGACAAUGCUGCGGCACAGGCCCCCAAGGAAGGCAAGAAAAAACAGCGAAUGUACAAACCGAAAUCUAAGAAUUAAAUGCCUAGUGACUUGUAGAAUUUUACGAAAAAUUAACACGUCUGUAUUGAGAUUUAUCAACGUAAGUACACGUAAUGCGGUUUUCAUCAAUCGGAGAAAACGCCAUCUGUGACAGGCAGUAUUAAAUGACAGUUUUUGGGACACAGUAUUUGGUAAAUUUCUAAUUGAGGAAAAAUUAUUUUCAUACUUUCAAAGUGGAAAAUAGCGUAGUUAAAAAAGUAAAUUUUUGUUCUGAGAAGGGCAAAAAUUAAGCUGCAAAUGUGCAAAUGUGUGUCAGUGUGUAGGGCUUCUGGACCAUAAUUACGUCACAGCUGUAAUUUUUAGCAUAACAUUUAAAUAGUGGAAAAAGAAAAGAUUAUGAAGUAAUUUACACGAGAAAGUGUAGUUCCAUGUUCCAUGUAUGGAUUUUAAAAUCCGGUCACUGACUCAAUCGGUUUGUUUAACCCUUAGUUCGUUAUAUUAGCUCUCUUAUUAAUGCCAUAAAAUCUUGAGAUGUUUUUAUCAGGUUACUCUUUAUUUAGCAAAUGUAGAUACAAUUUUUUGUUUUAUAGACCAACCCUUAUAUGUUUACCUGUGCAGAUAUGCAAGUUGUCAACAAUACUAAAACCCCAUUUUGUACGAGACGUGAGUUAUAUUGUUUGCCCCCAAGUUUUUAUGGAAAAAUAAAAUAAUACCCAAAACCUAGUUUAUUGUUACGAAAUUUACAUCAAAAUUGAAUCUAUCUCUCUAACAUUUAUUUCUAUUAUAUUAUGUUCACGAUUAUUUCAACAAGCGACGAUAUAAAAUUUGGCAUGCGCUUAAUAUGAUAAUAACAAUAGCUUGAUAUGUCCUCUUUUAAAUAAAUAUCGUAUAGUCAGUGACAAAUUUUC